AUGAACCCUAAAUUUCAUAUUAUGGCGGGCGCUAUUACAAUAAUGAUCAUGUCGUAUUAUAUUGUGGUAACGUCACGCGAAUGGCCAAAACAAAGCAUCGUGGUAGCCGGAGGUCUGAGCACAUAUGCAGCUAUCAUCGCGAGUACUACCUCGUUAUUGGCAUUUAUAUACGCCUAUCUCAUUCACCGGAGAUUAAAAGCUGAUGGUAAUUGUCAGGAAUUACAGGACCCGAGUAUCGAGUUGGGUGCUAAGUGUGAAGUUGUUAAUGUUUAG